CGCUGUAAACUCUUUAUCAGCGGGUUAUAGUGAUACAAAUUCAUCGCGGCUCAUCCUCUAGCGAACACUACGCAAUGUAUUUCCAUGUCCCGUGCCCUGUGCGCGAUCUGCCAAUCACAUCCAUUAUGAGCGUCUUGUUAAUGCAGCAAAGCAGCUGAGGGGACGAGAAUAGCAUAAGCAGAGAGCGCAGGUUGGCUGCGCCUGCAGCCAGGAGGGAGGAUGCCGUCUCCAUCGUUUUCCCUCGAUGCUCAGCUGAGGUUUCAUGACAAAUGGCUAAAGAUAGACUUACAGCGAGCGUUCUCUCCAGAGGGACUAAGUGAGAUGUGGAAUGAAAUGGUCAAAGAUGAAGAAAUAUCAUUCAGUGGAGAAGAAUCAGCUCAUCCAGAGGAUUGUACAGACUGCUUUGGAACACAGAAAAAAGAUGAGCCAAAUGAUAAGGAGAAGAAGGAGGAGGAAGACUCUCCUACUUCAGUCCAUCACUCCAUCAUCGAGACCUGGGAUUGGGGACGGCAGCCUGAUGAGACGGAGUUGAAGGAUUGUCUGAUGGUGCUUGUGGACGACCAGCAGAAGCUUUCGGCGCAGAUGGCCAAAAGCACUCUGUCGGCUCAGCGGCUCCGACAGCGGCUGGUCAUCCUGGAACGCUACCUCAUCUCUCUGAGCCACAGCAUGAUGGAAGAGAAGUAUAAGGUCCGCUGGAAAACACCCCCCAACCCGCCCCUGCCCGCUGCAGACAACAAGAGCCCUCGUCCGGCCAGUAAAGGAGUUGAAGGACUGGCCCGAGUGGGGUCCCGCGCAGCUCUGUCUUUUGCGUUUGCAUUCCUGCGUCGGGCUUGGAGAUCGGGGGAUGAUGCAGACCUGUGCAGUGAGCUGCUGCAGGAAUCUCUGGACGCACUCCGGGCUCUUCCUGAAGCCACUCUGUUCGACGAAGGCACUGUCUCCUCUGUUUGGCUUGAAGUGGUGGAGCGAGCCACCAAGUUUCUAAGUGAUGUCCACGGUAAUGCCAGUACAAAGGGCAACAUCCCCCUCCAGGACCAGCACCUUGCCCUGGCCAUCCUGUUGGAGCUGGCUGUGCAGAGAGGGACACUGAGCCAGCUGCUUUCUGCCGUACUUCUGUUGUUACGUCUUUGGGACAGUGGCACCAGAGAGAUGGACAAUGAACGUUCCACCCAGGGGACCAGUGCUCCCUUGCUCCCUCUGCUCCAACGCUUCCACAACAUCCACAGCAGUAAAGAGGAGGCUGUCCCAGAGGAGGAGGCGGAGAUUUUAACUGCACCUUUAAGUCCAAAUGAGAGUUUCCUGCGAUACCUGACCUUGCCCCAAGACAAUGACUUGGCCAUAGACCUCCGACAAACGGCUGUGGUCAUCAUGGCCCAUUUGGAUCGCCUGGCCGCCCCUUGCAGCCCUCCCCACUGCAACUCCCCGACAUCCCACAAGGGCACACUGCAGGAGGUGAUUGCAUGGGGUCUCCUGGGCUGGAAGUUAUAUGCCAAUGUGAGUGGACCCAUUCAGUGUAAAGCCCUGUCCAACCUCGGUGUGGCUCAAAUUGUUUGCUCAGAAAAAUGUUUCCUCAUCCUGUCGAGCACUGGGGCUGUGUACUCACAAAACUACAAAAGCACAACUUUGGCUCCGAUGCUGAUCCAUGCAUUAAGCUCCAGAAAAAUCACCAAACUCGCAGCUCAUCCGGAUGGGCAACACUUCAUGGCCUUGUCGUCCAAUGGAGAAGUGUUUUCCUGGGGCUGUGGAGACGGCGGGAGGCUGGGACAUGGAGACACCACGUACUUGGAGGAGCCUACAAUGAUCGCAGCCUUCAACGGGAAGCAAGUUGGGAAACAUGUAGUGCAUGUGGCAUGUGGGAGCACCUAUAGCGCCGCAGUUACUGCUGAUGGAGAGCUCUACACCUGGGGCAGAGGCAACUAUGGACGACUGGGACAUGGCUCCAGUGAGGACCAAACCACGCCACUGUUGGUGACUGCACUGAAGGGACUAAAGGUGGUGGAUGUAGCAUGUGGAAGUGGAGAUGCCCAGACUUUAGCUGUGACAGAAAAUGGUCAGGUUUGGUCGUGGGGCGAUGGAGACUAUGGUAAACUGGGCAGAGGAGGCAGUGAUGGUUGUAAGACUCCCAAACUAGUGGAGAAGCUACAGGAUUUGGACAUCGUGAAGGUCUGCUGUGGGAGCCAGUUCUCUGUGGCUCUGACUAAAGAUGGACAGGUUUACACUUGGGGUAAAGGAGACAACCAGCGCCUUGGACACGGGACAGAUGAACAUGUGCGAUACCCCAAGUUCCUUGACAGUUUGCAAGGAAAGAAGGUUGUAGACAUUGCAGUGGGUUCCACACACUGCCUGGCCCUCACUGAAGAUGGAGAUGUCCACAGUUGGGGAAGUAAUGACAAACUACAGCACUUCGACACACUUUCCAAUAAGAAACAGCCAAAAGCUCUGCCAGGGUUGAACUCCAAACACAUUGUGGGCAUCUCCUGUGGCCCAGGACAGAGUUUUGCAUGGUCGUCCUGCUCCGAGUGGUCCGUGGGGUUGCGUGUCCCCUUUGUGGUGGAUGUUUGUCCCAUGACGUUUGAACAGCUGGACCUGCUGCUGCGGCAGGUGAGCGAGGGCAUGGACGGCAGCUCGGACUGGCCCCCCCCACAAGAGAAGGAGUGCAUGGUGGUGGCUACGCUCAACUUGCUUCGCCUCCAGCUCCAUGCAGCCAUAAGUAACCAGGUAGACCCAGAGGAGCUGGGACUUGGACUGGGCAGCACUCUACUCAAUAACCUCAAACAGACGAUUGUGGUUUUGGCGAGUAAUGCGGGAGUCCUCAUUACGGUCCAGGCAGCGGCUCAGGCUGUGCUCCAGAGCGGAUGGUCAGUCCUGCUGCCCACUGCAGAGGAGAGGGCCAGGGCUUUAUCCUCACUCCUGCCUAAUGCUGCAUCUGGUAACGAGAUGAGUGUGAGCCCAGGGAGGAGGUUCAUGAUUGACCUGUUAGUUAGCAGUCUAAUGGCUGAUGGAGGUUUGGAGUCUGCACUGAACGCGGCUAUCACUGCUGAGAUACAGGAUAUUGAAGCCAAAAAGGAGGCUCAGAGAAAAGAGAUAGAUGAACAAGAGGCCAAUGCAUCCUCCAUGCACCGCUGUCGCACCAUGUUGGACAAAGACUUAAUUAACACUGGGAUCUACGAGUCUGCAGGAAAACAGAGCCUGCCCUUAGUGCAGCUAGUACAGCAGCUGCUGAGGAACAUUGCCUCACAAACAAUUGCGAGGUUAAAAGAUGUUGCUCGUCGUAUUUCCAACUACCUGGAGGCGGAGCAUGUCAGCAAAGAACGGUCUGCAUCUCUAGAUUUGCUGUUACGAUUUCAGAGGCUUCUGGUUAGCAAGCUGUACCUUGGUGUCAAUGGCACAGAGCAUGUAAAUGGAUACAAUCCAGAGCUUCUAGGUGUUGGGUCGCUGUUGAAGAAGUACAUUGCUCUUUUGUGCACUCACAUUGGAGACAUACUUCCAGUUGCCACAAGUAUAGCCUCCACUGGUCGCAGGCACUUUGCUGAGGUUUCGCGGGUCAUUGAAGGGGAUCUAACAGGAGUUCUGUUGCCUGAGUUGGUGGUCUCCAUCAUCCUCCUCCUCACCAUCGAUGCAGGUCUAAUGCAGGAGACCGGGUCAAUUCCGCUUCUAGCUGGACUUUUGGAACAUCUUGAUCGCUUUAAUCAUUUAGCCCCGGGACACGAGAGAGACGAUAAUGAGGACUUGGCCUGGCCUGGCAUCAUGGGGUCUUUCUUCACUGGGCAGAGCUGCAAGAACAAUGAGGAAGUGUCUCUUAUCCGUAAAGCUGAUCUGGAAAAUCACAACAAAGACGGUGGCUUUUGGACAGUUAUUGAUGGAAAAGUGUAUGACAUCAAGGACUUCCAGGCUCAGUCACAAUCACUAAGUGGGAACAGUAUUUUAGCCCAGUUUGCUGGAGAAGACCCUGUAGUUGCUUUGGAGGCAGCCUUGCAGUUUGAAGACACCAGAGAGUCCAUGCAGGCUUUCUGUGUUGGCCAUUAUAUGGAGCCUAACCAGGAAACUGUGACCACACCUGAUCUUAGUAGUUUAUCCUCUCCGCUGAUUGACACAGAGAGGAACCUUGGUCUCCUCCUUGGUCUUCAUGCUUCUUACCUGGCCAAGAGCACUCCUCUGUCUUCAAUGGAAAUUGAGUGUGCCACAUGGCUUCAGUCAUCUAUAUUCUCUGGCGGGCUCCAGACCAGUCAGAUUCACUAUAACUACAAUGAAGAGAAAGAUGAAGACCACUGUAGUUCAUUGGGAACUACAACUCCAGAUAAGGCUAAACUAUACUCAAGGAGGAUUACACUCAGUGAUCAUGCACAGCCAUUUCUACAAGCAAUCGCUGACAACAACAUUCAAGACCAUUCUGUCAAGGAUUUUCUGUGCCAAAUAGAGCGAUGUUGUAAGCAGUACCAUCUGAUUACACCCAUCACAUUCCCUCCAGAACAUCCAGUGGAGGAGGUCGGGCGGCUGUUGCUCUGUUGCUUGCUCAAGCAUCAAGACCUUGGCCAUGUUGCUCUUUCGCUCGUUAGUCAAUGUGCCUUGGGUGUGGACCAGGGGAAACAAAGGUCUCUGCCGAAAUCUGUGAUAGAAGUGUGCCGAAUGGUCUACCAGGCCAAGUGCUCAUUAAUCAAGACGCAUCAGGAACAGGGGCGCUCCUACAAGGAAGUGUGUGCUCCAGUGAUAGAGAGACUUCGGUUUCUCUUUAAUGAGCUUCGUCCUGCCGUGAGCAACGACCUGUCCAUCGUCUCCAAACUGAAGCUCUUGAGCUCCCAGCCACGAUGGAGGAGAAUUGCCCAGAAACUCAUCAGAGACCGGCGGAAAAAAAGAGUGCCUAAAAAGUCAGAUUCUGCUGAUAUUGAAGAGCCAAAGAUGGAAAAUGAAGGGACCAACGAGGAGGAGCUUAAUGUAAAUCUCACCCCUCCACCGGCUGACAGGAAAUCUCCUACCAGCAAGACAACAAAGCAGGACAAGUGGCAGCCACUCCUCAAUACUGUGGCCAAUGUGCAGAAAUACCGCUGGCUUAAGCACAGUGUUCACGGCUUCUGCCCUCAGUCCAGUCUGAUGGGAACAAUUGUGGAGUUCGCUCUGAAAGAAGAGCCUCUGGAUGUCGAAAAGAUGAGGAAAUGUCUUCUGAAGCAGUUGGAGAGGGCCGAGGUAAGACUUGAGGGGAUUGACACCAUGUUGAAGUUGGCAUCGAAAAACUUUCUGCUGCCGUCUGUGCAAUAUGCAAUGCUGUGUGGCUGGCAAAGGAUCAUACCAGAAGGGACCAACAUUGGAGAACCAUUGUUUGAUUGUCUAAAAGAUGUGGAUCUGAUCCCACCAUUCAACCGUAUGCUUUUGGAGGUCACUUUUGGAAAGCUUUAUUCUUGGGCCAUUCAAAAUGUUCGCAACAUCCUUCUGGAAGCCAGUGCACGAUUCAAGGAGCAUGGGUUGCAACCUGUUCCUCUGCAAACCAUCACUAAUGAAAACCCGGCAGGGCCUAGCCUAGGCACUAUUCCUCAAGCACGUUUCCUCCUUGCUAUGAUUCAUAUGCUGUCACUCAAACAUGGGUCCAAUAGCCUCAGUCUGUUGUUGAAUUCAGGAGUACUGGCUUUAACACAGAGUAUUCUCAGACUGAUAGGGCCAAGCACAGACAGCAGUGAGGAGGACAUGAAUCUGUGUGCACAUGGAGGUUCAGCCACUGUUUUGGAGGAGUCCAGGAAAGAGGCCACGCCAACGCCUCUCCCCGCAUCAGGGCCUGAGUUGGCUGCUAUGAUGAAGAUUGGAACCAGAGUUAUGAGGGGAGUGGACUGGAAGUGGGGAGACCAAGAUGGACCAGCACCAGGUCUGGGUCGGGUCAUUGGAGAACUGGGAGAGGAUGGUUGGAUCCGAGUACAAUGGGACACCAGCAGCACAAACUCGUACCGAAUGGGCAAAGAAGGAAAGUAUGACCUGAAACUUGCCGAACCACCUCCAGCUACUCAACCCCCUGCUGAGGAUUCUGACACAGAGGAUGAUGUUGAUGGAGAGCUGCUUGAAAAGAGCACCCACCCGACGGCCAUGAUGUUGACGAGCACCGUGAACCUGCUGAAGAUGCUGUCCCUGUCGGCUGGAGUCCACGCUGAGGUGUUACAGACUGACGCCACCCGGACACUCUGCGGACUUCUGAGGUCGCUCGUGGAGAGUGGAGCCAAUGACAAAUCAGGCUGUCACUCCCACAGAAUGGUGUCCCGGGAGCAGCACCGGAGCUGGUGCACUCUGGGCUUCAUCCGCUCCAUCGCACUCAUGCCCCAGAUGUGCAGCACGCUCAGCACAUCAGCAUGGAUCAGCCUGCUCAUCCGGAUAGUGGAGGGUCACCAGUCUUUUAAUGCUGUUACACUGCAAAGACAGAUCCUUGCAUUGCGCCUCCUGCAGGCAGUCUUGCCUUCAUGGGACAAGAUGGAGCGCUCUCAAGACAUGAAGUUCCUGGUGGAGAAGUUGUUUAACUUUCUUGGGAGCUUGCUGAGCACCUGUUCUUCAGAUCUGCCGCUGCUUAGAGAUGGAUCUCUCCGGAGGAGAAAGUCCCGCCCACAGGCCUCUCUGACAGCCACUCACAGCAGUACUCUGGCCGAGGAGAUUGUUGCUGUUCUGCGCACUUUACACUCCCUCAACCAAUGGAACAGCCUCAUAAAUGAGUACAUCAACAACCAGCUCAGUGCCAUUGGAGAUGUGAUGGUGGGCUGCCAGUCUGAAGCUUGUUUCCUGGAGGAGUAUUUCCCUGAUUCAGAGGGUCCGAGAGUGGGCAGUUUGAUGGCCGUCUUGUCUGUGAUUGGGGGAAUAGAUGGUCGGUUAAGGCUUGGAGGGCAGGUGGUUCAUGAAGAGUACGGAGAGGGCACAGUUACUCGAAUCACUCCGAAAGGACGAAUCACUGUUCAGUUUCAUGAGAUGAGGACGUGCAGGGUGUGCUUGCUCAGCCACCUCAAACCAUUGCCAGCAGUGCCAUUCAGUGCCCAUAACCUACCCUUCACUGACCCCAUGUUGUCAGUGUGGGCCCAGCUUGUCAGCUUGGCAGGAAGCAAGUUGGAAAAACAACGGAUGAAGAAGUCCUUAAGUCGUGGCUUUACUGCUGACCAGGUGGACAUCCAUUUGCUCCGUUGCCAGCAGUUGAGACUCUACAUUUUAAAAGCAGGACGGGCUUUACUCUUUCACCAGGACAAACUUCGACAGAUCCUCUCUCAGCCUGCAGUCGUUGACAUCGGACCUAACCCAAGUGAGGAUCCAGUCGUAUCCUCUCCAGAUGUGGGGGACUUGUCUCCUGAAGGACCACUUCCUCCAAUGAUUCUGCUACAACAACUUUUGUCUGCUGCCACCCAGCCCUCCCCCAUCAAAGCCAUUUUUGACAGACGUGAGAUGGAGGCUGCAGCUCUGGCCGUGUGUCAAUUCUUGGCAGUGGAAUCAGCCCACCCCUCAUCUCCUCUGUUUGAGGAGAGCAGCUCCAGCGAGGCCACCACUCCUGUCACAAUUCAACACGUCAGACCCCCAAAACAAAAGAAACAGAAAACUUCUCCAGUCCCCCCUUUACCCAUAGUUGUUCAGCUCAUGGAGAUGGGGUUCCCACGAAAGAACAUCGAAUUUGCCCUAAAGUCUCUGUCAGGAACUACAGGCAGUGCCUCAGGAAUGCCAGGUGUUGAGGCUCUGGUGAGUUGGCUACUGGACCACCCAGACAUCCAUGUGACUGAGCUGUCUGAUGCAGAGACAGUGUCAGAUGAAUUCUCAGAUGAAGAAGUUCUCGAGGAACUGGAGGAGAGCGAGCCAGCCUACACAGUGCCUCCUGGAGCAGUGGUCACCGAAAGCCAAACAUUUAAGAAGAGAUCUGAUUUUCAAAGUAACGAUGACUACGCUGUUUAUGUUCGUGAAAAUAUACAGGUCGGGAUGAUGGUAAAAUGCUGCCGAACAUAUGAAGAGGUUUAUGAUGGAGAUAUGGGUAAAGUUAUAAAGCUGGACAGAGAUGGACUCCACGACUUGAAUGUGCAAUGCGACUGGCAACAAAAAGGAGGAACAUACUGGGUCCGCUACAUCCACAUUGAGCUUCUUGGCUUCCCGCCUCAGAGUUCUCCCUCUCAUAUAAGAAUUGGGGAUAAAGUGAGAGUAAAGCCGACAGUAACUACACCAAAAUACAAAUGGGGAUCAGUAACACAUCGGAGUGUUGGAGUUGUGAAAGCAUUCAGUGCCAAUGGAAAGGAUGUAAUUGUUGACUUCCCCCAACAAUCUCACUGGACUGGCCUUCUGUCUGAAAUGGAGCUAGUGCCCAGUGUCCAUCUUGGAGUGAGGUGUGAUGGCUGCCAGAUGUUUCCAAUAAAUGGCCCCAGAUUCAAAUGUAGAAAUUGCGAUGAUUUUGACUUUUGUGAAAACUGCUUCAAAACGCGAAAACACAACACCAGACAUUCCUUUGGCCGAAUCAAUGAACGUGGCCAAUCUCCAGCUUUUUGUGGUCGCUCAGGGAAACAACUUAAGAAACAUCACAACACACAGCGUGGGAUGUUGAUCGACGACUGGUCCCGAGCCGUGAAGAGCCUGAACGUCUCCUCCUCUGUGAACCAGGCGUCUCGCCUCAUUGACUGUAGUGACCAGUGCUGGCAGUCCUCCGGAUCGCAAGGAAAGCACUGGAUUCGUCUGGAGCUGUUCCCAGAUGUCCUUGUGCAUAGACUAAAGAUGCUUGUGGAUCCAGCAGACAGUAGCUACAUGCCAUCUCUAGUAGUGGUCUCAGGUGGAAGCUCUUUGAACAACUUAAUCGAGCUGAAAACAAUUAACAUCAAUCCCACAGACACAAAUGUCCUCCUCCUUGCUGACUGUACAGAAUUUCACCGCUACAUUGAGGUUGCCAUUAAACAGUGCCGCAGUGCUGGCAUAGACUGUAAAAUCCAUGGACUGAGCAUUGUCGGACGGAUCAGAGCUGAAGAUGAAGAUUUGGCCACUGUUCCUUUUCUUGCCUCUGACAAUGAAGAGGAGGAUGAGGAGAAAGCUGCUACUGGGAGCCUCGCCCGGAAAAAGUCAUCAGGAUUGGAGUCUGCAGCAACAAUCCGGACCAAAGUGUUUGUGUGGGGUCUGAAUGACAAAGACCAGCUUGGAGGACUCAAGGGCUCCAAGAUCAAGGUGCCAUCAUUUUCUGAAACUCUCUCUGCUCUGAAUGUGGUGCAAGUGGCUGGAGGCUCCAAAAGUCUGUUUGCUGUCACAGUUGAGGGUAAGAUUUACGCCUGUGGAGAGGCCACCAACGGCAGAUUGGGCCUGGGUCUGUCCAGUGGGACCAUACCCAUCCCGCGACAGAUCACAGCUCUGAGCAACUACGUGGUGAAGAAGGUGGCUGUGCACUCUGGAGGGCGCCAUGCCAUGGCUCUGACUGUGGAUGGGAAAGUGUUCUCCUGGGGUGAAGGGGACGACGGCAAACUGGGACACUUCAGCAGAAUGAACUGUGACAAGCCCCGGCUGAUAGAGGCGCUUAAAACCAAGCGUAUUCGGGACAUUGCAUGUGGCAGCUCCCACAGCGCUGCCAUUACCUCCAGUGGGGAGCUCUACAGCUGGGGACUGGGAGAAUACGGCCGCCUUGGACAUGGAGACAACACCACACAAUUAAGGCCCAAACUGGUAAAAGUGCUCUUGGGACAUCGCGUCAUCCAGGUCGCUUGUGGCAGUCGGGACGCUCAAACUCUAGCACUUACGGAUGAAGGGUUGGUGUUUUCAUGGGGUGAUGGUGAUUUUGGUAAACUUGGUCGUGGAGGCAGUGAAGGAUGUAACAUUCCUCAGAACAUAGAGAGGCUGAAUGGACAGGGCGUGUGCCAGAUUGAAUGUGGGGCGCAGUUUUCACUUGCACUCACUAAAUCUGGAGUUGUGUGGACAUGGGGCAAAGGAGACUAUUUUCGAUUGGGACAUGGUACUGAUGUCCAUGUGAGGAAGCCCCAGAUGGUGGAAGGGCUCAGGGGCAAAAAGAUUGUCCAUGUUGCUGUUGGAGCUCUGCACUGUCUGGCUGUCACUGAGACCGGACAGGUGUAUGCAUGGGGGGACAAUGACCAUGGGCAGCAGGGGAAUGGUACCACCACUGUGAACAGGAAGCCCACUCUGGUGCAGGGUCUGGAGGGACAGAAAAUCACUCGAGUGGCUUGUGGCUCAUCUCACAGUGUGGCCUGGACCACUGUGGACGUGACCACUCCUUCAGUUCAUGAACCUGUCCUCUUCCAGACAGCCAGGGACUCACUUGGAGCAUCUUAUUUAGGCGUGCAGGCAGACAGUGACCCGUCGUCUGUGAGUAACAAGUUGAAUGGUCAGAGCAGCUCAAAGCCAAACCGGCCGUCUCUUGCCAAAAUCCUCCUGAGCCUCGAUGGAAAACUGGCCAAACAGCAGGCACUCACUCAUGUGCUAUCUGCUCUGCAGAUCAUGUAUGCAAGGGAUGCCGUGGUGGGUGCUCUGAUGCCAGCGAGUAUGAUCCUGCCUACAGAGUGUCCUUCCAGCUCUCCCGUCCCUCCUCUGGACUCCUGUGCCUCCUCCACUAUCAGUGAUGAAGAGGGUCCACCUGUCCCCCCUGAAGCAGAGGACCGCGUUAGCCCAAAUCCAUGGCAAGACAAGAAAGGAGAGGCUGCGUCUUCUGAUGAUGCUGUGACCCCCUCUUCAGCCGUGACGCCCUCUGCCUCUGGGGCAUCCUCUCGACCUUUCAUCCCUGUCACUGAUGACCCAGGAGCAGCCAGUAUCAUUGCAGAGACCAUGACCAAAACCAAAGAGGAUUCAGAGAGCCAAAACAAAGUGGUUGGUCCAGAGCCUCAGUACUUGGAUGAGUUCACCAGUCUGCUCAUGCCUGAUGAUACUCGCGUUUUAGUAGACCUCCUCAAACUGGCCGUGUCUUGUCGCUCUGGGGACAAAGGCAAAGAGGUGUUGUCUGCGGUGCUGUCUGGAAUGGGGACUGCAUAUCCACAGGUUGCGGACAUGCUGCUGGAGCUGUGUGUGACAGAGUUGGAGGAUGUUGCCACAGAUUCUCAAAGCGGUCGCUUGUCCUCUCAGCCUGUGGUUGUUGAAAGCAGCCAUCCUUACACAGAUGACACCUCCACCAGUGGCACUGUGAAAAUACCGGGAGCUGAGGGGUUAAGGAUAGAGUUUGAUCGGCAGUGUUCAACAGAAAGACGUCAUGACCCACUCACUAUUAUGGAUGGAGCAAACAGAAUAGUGUCUGUCAGAUCAGGCCGAGAGUGGUCUGACUGGUCGAGUGAAUUGAGGAUCCCUGGAGAUGAACUGAAAUGGAAGUUCACGAGUGAUGGUUCUGUGAAUGGAUGGGGCUGGCGCUUCACUGUCUAUCCUAUCAUGCCCGCAGCUGGUCCCAAAGACUUGUUGUCUGAUCGCUGCAUCCUCUCCUGCCCCUCCAUGGACUUGGUCACCUGCCUCUUGGACUUCAGACUCAACUUUGCCUCAAACCGGAGCAUUGUCCCUCGUCUCGCAGCUUCUCUUGCUGCAUGUGCCCAGCUUAGUGCACUAGCUGCUGGACACCGAAUGUGGGCUCUACAGAGGUUACGUAAACUUCUCACAACUGAAUAUGGUCAGUCCAUUAACAUCAACAGACUGCUCGGGGACAGUGAAGGAGAGACACGCCCAAUGAGUUUCACCGGUAGUGCUUUAGCUGCUUUGGUAAAGGGACUCCCUGAGGCUUUGCAAAGGCAAUAUGAGUAUGAGGACCCCAUUGUCAGGGGAGGAAAACAGCUUCUUCAUAGUCCAUUCUUUAAGGUGUUGGUUGCCCUUGCUUGUGAUCUGGAGCUGGACACUUUGCCCUGCUGCGCUGAGACUCAUAAGUGGGCAUGGUUUCGCAGAUACUGCACUGCAUCGCGAGUGGCCAUAGCAUUAGACAAGAGGACCAAUUUACCAAGACCCUUCCUGGAUGAGGUCACAAAGAAAGUUCGUGAGCUCAUGGCUGACCAUGAGAGCAUGAAUAACCUGCACGAGAGCCACGAUUUGUUCAAGCGCGAGCACGAUGAGCAGCUGGUGCAGUGGAUGAACCGUCGGCCGGACGACUGGACCCUAUCUGCAGGAGGCAGUGGCACCAUCUAUGGCUGGGGUCACAACCACAGGGGUCAGCUGGGGGGCAUAGAGGGAGCAAAGGUCAAAGUGCCAACACCCACUGAAGCCCUGGCAACACUCCGCCCCGUUCAGCUCAUCGGAGGAGAGCAAACACUUUUUGCUGUCACAGCCGAUGGAAAGCUGUAUGCGACUGGAUACGGAGCUGGCGGCAGACUGGGCAUCGGUGGGACAGAGUCGGUGUCUACCCCCACUCUACUGGAGUCCAUCCAACACGUGUUCAUUCGGAAAGUGGCUGUGAAUUCGGGUGGGAAGCACUGCCUGGCCCUGUCCUCAGAGGGAGAGGUGUACUCAUGGGGAGAGGCUGAAGACGGAAAAUUGGGCCACGGAAACAGAAGCCCCUGUGAUCGCCCGCGUGUUAUUGAGUCCUUGAGGGGUGUGGAGGUGGUGGAUAUUGCAGCUGGAGGGGCACACAGUGCUUGUAUCACAGCCAGCGGAGAGCUCUUCACCUGGGGUAAAGGACGAUAUGGACGACUGGGUCAUGGGGACAGUGAAGAUCAGCUCAAACCAAAACUGGUGGAUGCUCUUCAGGGGCACAGGGUCAUCGAUGUGGCCUGUGGCAGUGGAGACGCUCAGACACUGUGUCUCACAGAUGAUGACAUGGUCUGGUCCUGGGGAGAUGGAGACUAUGGCAAACUGGGACGAGGAGGGAGUGAUGGCUGCAAAAUACCCAUGAAGAUCGAUUCACUAACCGGUCUUGGAGUGGUUAAAGUGGAAUGUGGAUCACAAUUUUCUGUGGCUCUCACAAAAUCUGGCUCUGUGUACACAUGGGGCAAAGGGGAUUAUCAUCGUCUGGGCCACGGUUCUGACGACCAUGUGCGGCGCCCGCGGCAGGUCCAGGGGCUGCAGGGGAAGAAGGUCAUUGCCAUCGCCACGGGUUCACUGCACUGUGUCUGCUGCACUGAAGAUGGAGAGGUUUACACAUGGGGUGAUAAUGAUGAGGGCCAACUUGGAGAUGGCACCACUAACGCUAUUCAGAGGCCACGAUUGGUUGCUGCCCUUCAGGGCAAGAAGAUCAACAGAGUGGCAUGUGGCUCUGCUCAUACUCUGUCCUGGUCAACUAGUAAACCCACCAAUGCUGGGAAACUCCCUGCACAGGUGCCGAUGGAGUACAACCACCUCCAGGAGAUUCCCAUCAUGGCUCUGAGGAACCGGCUGCUGCUCCUGCACCACAUCUCUGAGCUCUUUUGUCCCUGUAUCCCAAUGUUUGACUUGGAAGGCCGCCUGGGGCAGACAGGGCAGGGCCUGUCUGUGGGCGUCGACACCCUUAGAGGCAUCCUUAUCUCCCAGGGCAAGGAAGCAGCUUUCAGAAAGGUGGUGCAGGCCACAAUGGUGAGAGACCGACAGCAUGGCCCUGUGGUGGAGCUCAACAGGAUACAGGUGAAGCGCUCUCGAAGCAAAGGAGGUCUGGCGGGUCCAGACGGAACUAAGUCUGUGUUUGGUCAGAUGUGUGCCAAAAUGAGUUCCUUUAGCCCAGACAGCCUGCUGCUCCCCCAUCGAGUGUGGAAGGUCAAGUUUGUGGGGGAAUCUGUGGAUGAUUGUGGAGGCGGCUACAGUGAGUCUAUUGCAGAGAUGUGUGAGGAGCUGCAAAAUGCAUUGACACCGCUGCUCAUCGUCACCCCUAAUGGACGGGAUGAAUCUGGCGCCAACAGAGACUGUUUCUUGCUGAACCCUGCAGCCAAGUCCCCACUGCAUAUGAGCAUGUUCCGCUUCCUAGGGGUGCUGCUGGGCAUCGCCAUCCGAACAGGAAGCCCUUUAAGUCUGAACCUGGCCGAGCCAGUGUGGAAACAGCUGGCAGGCAUGAACCUGACCAUCGCUGACCUCAGUGAGGUUGAUAAAGACUUUAUUCCUGGCCUGAUGUAUAUUCGGGACAAUGAGGCCACAGCUGAGGAGUUUGAGGCAAUGACCCUGCCCUUCACAGUCCCCAACGCGAGUGGCCAGGACAUCCAGCUCAGCUCCAAAUACUCCCACAUCACUCUGGAAAAUCGCGCUGAAUAUGUGCGCCUGGCUAUUAACUACAGGCUUCAUGAGUUUGAUGAGCAGGUCUCUGCAGUUCGAGAGGGCAUGGCUCGAGUGGUUCCUGUUCCACUGCUUUCACUCUUCACUGGUUAUGAGCUGGAGACUAUGGUAUGCGGCAGCCCAGACAUCCCUCUGCAUCUGCUCAAGUCUGUGGCCACAUACAAAGGGGUAGAGCCCACCGCACCUCUGAUCCAGUGGUUCUGGGAUGUCAUGGAGUCCUUCUCUAACACAGAGCGGUCCCUGUUCCUCAGAUUUGUCUGGGGCCGUACCCGCCUGCCCCGGACCAUCGCAGACUUCAGAGGGCGGGACUUUGUUGUACAGGUGCUGGACAAGUACAACCCUCCGGACCACUUCCUGCCCGAGUCCUACACAUGUUUCUUCCUGCUGAAGCUGCCGAGGUACUCGUGCAAACAGGUUCUGGAGGAGAAACUCAAGUAUGCCAUCCACUUCUGCAAGUCCAUCGACACUGACGACUAUGCCCGGAUCGCUCUGUCGGGAGAGCCUGCCGCAGAUGACAGCAGCGAAGACUCAGACAAUGAAGAUGCAGACUCUUUUGCUUCUGAUUCAACCCAGGACUACCUAACAGGGCACUGAAACUGACAAAAAACAAAUCAGGAAGUGUUGAGCUGCCACACAGAUAUAAAUAACCUAAUAUAAACCUAAGACACAAUGUCUGUCUGUGGGGUGAAGUGCAAUGAGCUUUAAAUGCGUUAUAAGCUAAAGAGCAAACCAGUUUGCAUUGAAGAAAUAAGGCUGUUAGCCGCACCUGUGAUUGUUGUCUUGGUAACACUUAAUGUUAAGGGGACAAAGAUUAUGAUGAUAGGAUUCAUAUCAUUUGAAUCCUAAGAAAUUAUUAUUACCCAGUACAUGGAUUCAAAAUGAUUUAUGAUAAUGACUUUGUUGAAAUGAAUUCAUGUUCAAAUUGUAAUGUUAAUUUCAGAAUAUUGUGUAGAUGAUGUCACUGCAUUGAGUUAAGCGUACAGCAAUCUCUGACCCCAAAUACUACGUGUUGCUCUUGUCUUACAUGGGAAUCUUCUAUAUAAUACUAUUACAGAUGAAAUGGCCCCAGCCUAGCACUGUGGUAGAUUUACCCUAUGGUUUGUGUGAAAUACUUGUUCUUAGAUUGUACAUAGAAAUCAUUGUGUGACUAAAGCAUAGUAUUAUUUUUUGUUUAUUGGGGAUAGCCAUGUUUCUUUGUUUAAAAAAGAAAAGCCUUUUUAACUUAAUGAGUGUUUCUCAUUGGCUCCCCACAGCUGGGGCCUAUAAGAGGGUCAUUUUAAGAUUCCCUUGUCCUCUCCCCUUCCACCAAGUUGUGCACUGUCUCCAAAAGAAUGUACAUAAGAUGAUUGUGCCAUGUAUACACAGAAGGUCUCAUUCCUGCAUAUUAAUGUUAAUAAAUUUCUGUUAAUACAAAUAUAAAAAAAAGGUAAUUUUUUCAUGUUUUA